GGCGGCAUCCGAUGCCAUCCGUGACUCGUGGGCGGCGGCGGGUCGCGGGGCGUGCUAUGCGGGCCGCAGGGAGGACAGGGCGGCCCGCGGCGUGGCCGUGGGGCGUAGAAGCUGCGGGCCGGGAGUGGUGCCGGCCGUCCUCAGGGAAUGGGUGGUAGGGAAAGCCGCCCCGGAGGCCGGCAAAGUUCAUUUCAGGACCUCGGUGCCUCGGCGUUUGAGAGGUGGGGUCGCGUUCUGUGACCGCUGCCAGGCCGGCGGAUGUCAUCAGUCGAAAGCGUCUGCUGCAGCCUUAUUCGGGUUUCCUUCAUGUUUCACCAGUUCAGGGUGACAGAUGGCCCAGUCUGGGGAACCCCGGCCCUGAUCUCAUGUCUCUCCUGCAGGUUCCGACAUGGCCAAGUCCAAGAACCACACCACACACAACCAGUCUCGAAAAUGGCACAGAAAUGGUAUCAAGAAACCCCGGUCACAAAGAUACGAAUCUCUUAAGGGGGUGGACCCCAAGUUCCUGAGGAACAUGCGCUUUGCCAAGAAGCACAACAAGAAAGGCCUGAAGAAGAUGCAGGCCAACAACGCAAAGGCAGUGAGUGCGCGUGCGGAGGCCAUCAAGGCCCUUGUGAAGCCCAAGGCGGUUAAGCCCAAGAUGCCAAAGGGCCCCAGCCGCAAGCUCAGCCGUCUCGCGUUCAUCGCUCACCCCAAGCUCGGGAAGCGGAUUAGAAGCUACAUGGCCAAGGGUCGUAGACUCUGCCAGCCAAAGCCCAAGGCUCAAACCAAGGCAGAGGCCUCAGCUCCGGCUCAGGCUCCCAAAGGUGCCCAGGCCCCUGUGAAGGCCCCAUAGAAAAGGUUUCUGUCUGCCAGACAGAUGGACUGGUGUGACACACCUACACACUAUAUGCAGAUGAUCAGGACCCCAUGCUGUUUUUACAAAUAAACUUGAGGCAGGAUCUGUUAA